AUGCGUUAUCAACUAGGAUGGCUUUUUCUGCUGUCCAGUGCAUUCGGCACGAUGUGUCAAACGAUUGGUGUGAAUCGUUUGGUAUGUGGAAGGCGCAAGUUUCGAUCGGUUUACCUCAUCCAUAAUGGGAUCGAUGCUAGAAUCGGACACUGGCCGUGGCAUGCUACCAUUUUUCAACGAAAGGACAGUGAAGAUGAGUACAGCUGUGGAGCAACCAUCAUUGACGAGGAUACGAUCCUUACAUCUGCCCACUGUGUCUUUGCCGCGAAUAAAUUGAUCCCAGCGAAUCGUCUCUCGGUACACGUGGGCAGUAUUCUGCUCACAGACCCAGGCGAAUACGAACAGGUGCACUGGGCGCGUGAAAUCAUAGUACAUCCUGGUUUUAAGGCAAGAAGAUUCGUGCACGAUAUCGCACUGAUCAAGCUAGCAACAAACAUCACGAUGACAAAGUUCGUUCAGCCCGUCUGCCUGUGGACGAUGGACAGCAAUCAGGAGCUGAUCGUGGGCAGGAAUGGUACCGUGCUCGGGUUCGGUUUAACAGAGCUGGACAGGGUGUCGGAGCAGCUGAAGCAGGCCUCGGUGGGCGUAGUGGAUACGUUGACCUGCAUCGCUAACGAUCGGGCAGCAUUCGGUACGCAGCUUACGCCGGAAAUGUUUUGUGCUGGUGGACAGGAGGGUGUGAGCGCUUGCAAUGGUGACAGUGGUGGAGGAUUGUUUUUAGAAAUCGGAGGCAAAUGGUUCGUGCGAGGAAUAGUGUCAUUCAUUCCGACGCACAAAAAGACCGGUCUGUGCGAUACGUCAAAGUUUACCGCCUUUACCGAUGUGGCCAAGUAUAUGGGAUGGAUCGAGGAGUACAUCAAUCCGAACGUGCUCGUGUUCGACACGGACGACUAUGAUGUGGACUUUGAGGAAAAGCUUUCUUUGGUUGAUUUGAGCACGUGUGGCGUUAGUUCGACGACAUUUUUGGCUGAAAAACUGCGCUCGACUACACCUUGGCUGGGGAAUGCCGUGCUGUAUCCUAGCUUUUAUAGCAGAUGUGCCGUUACGCUUAUUAGUGAAUGGUACGCUGUUGGACCUGCAAGAUGUUUCGAGAAUUCUGUUAAUGAGCUUCGUAUUCGUAUGGGAGAUUAUAAGGAGCAGAAAAACAGCACGUGCUUCGAUCGUGACGGAACGACAGUGUGCACGACUCCAUCGCAAACUUUGCAAAUCCAUCGAAUAAUCAUACACCCACGGUACAACAGAAAACAGUUCACGGACAACAUCGCACUGAUUGAGCUGCUAACGCCGGUAGACACUACACAGCCGAACGCGAGACCCAUCUGUCUGCCGAUUGUUAAAGAGUUGUACACGAACAAAACCACCGACUUGUCCGUCAUCAGCUUCUCGUCCAGCAAUCGAUCGUUCGAAGGAAAAGCCAUCAACUACGUGAACGAAUCGUACUGCCAGAGAGCUUUCGCUGGCGAGGGAUUGACACUGAGCUUGAAGGAGAAACGCAUCUGCGGAUUACUGUCAGCUCAGGAUCAGACCGAUUGUGUGCCUCUGAAGACAGGAAUGGCUUUACAGGAGCGAGUUAGCUACGGUGCCAGUGAACGAUACGUUCUGCGUGGGUUCGAUGGAUUUGCUCUUACCUGCGAAAAAGAAUCGGUACCGAUUGUGUACAUCAAUUUGUAUGCCUAUCUCGAUUGGAUACUGUACAAUAUGAGGGACAAUGAGUUCGACGAGUCAGCGGCCGAAUCUACCAUAGAGGCAAAGUGGAAGCGGCUGCAGCAGGAGGAGGGCAAAGAAAAGCUGCGUUCGUUUGAUAUGGAGUCCUGCGGUGAGAGCAUCAGCGUGCAAGGAACUGCGCAGUUGUAUACCUAUAUGCCGUGGAUUGGUACACUGGAGGGAAAUGAAGAUCCACUAAAGUCGCCAUCGAGACUAACGAGCAAGGUUGUGCUUAUCAGUGCGUGGUACGCAUUAGCUCCAGCUCAUGCUUUCAGCAACAGGGUAUUGUGGCGUUCGAUCACACUAGGUUAUCACGAUCGAAUUUUGGAAUUACGAUGUGCAGUACUGGGAUGUGAUCCUCCUUACCAAGAGAUUCAAAUCAAACAGGUCCUUAUUCAUCCGGACUAUGAUGGGGCUGUGAAUGUGAAUAACAUCGCCCUGAUUGAGCUGAUGGAGCCUGCGAAUAUGACCAAACCAUUCAUCAGUCCCAUCUGUUUGCCGUUUAUGCAAGAGUUUCAAACCAGUUCACCGAUCGAGCUGACACUGUCGAUGAGUCUGUUGGAAACUCGGCGAGUGAUUCGAUUGAGCGCGCUAAACUGUCAGGCACGGCUCAUCCAUCGAAGGCACUUUGUAUUCAAUCAAGAAAUUCCAAUGUGCGCUGAUGAGUACGAGAGUGGCGCCGAACGGUUUGUAGAUCAUCCCGGUGCGGCACUGCAGGCCACUUUAUUUUUUGCCGAUCGCAAACGACACUUCCUGCACGGUAUAAGCUUCCUGCUGGAGUCUACCAGAGCAGGAAAUGCAGAGCUGCCUUACUUGUUCACCGAUACCAGUCUGCAUCUUGAUUGGAUAUUGGAGGGCAUGGAUUUCGAUCGGGAGCGUAAUGUAUCGUGGAACGAUCGAAUACCUGUUCCAAGCCGAAUGAAUCGUUUACCAGUACGAUUGGCGCGAUCCAAAGGAAGACUUUUGAAUUUUAACACCUGCGGCCUAUAUUCGAACAAUUCUGAAGAGAGCUUUGCGAGAGAACCAUGGCUAGGUGUCAUCGAUGCUUGGGAUCCCAAAUCGAAAUCAAACCAGUACACCGACUGCGCUGUAACACUGAUCAGUGACUCGUAUGCUUUGGGUCCUGCGCGCUGUUUAAACCAUGAAGUUAACGGAUCAUUUGUUGAGUUGGGCGGCUAUAAAAGAUAUGUGCAAGAUUGCAACGAUGAAAAUUGUAGAAUACAGUCCAUCCCGAUCGAGAAGAUCGUUCUGCACCCAAACUACAACCCAGCCAACCAGGAAAACAAUAUUGCACUGGUACAGCUAGCCACUCCGGCAGACAUUACGAAAGAUAACGUUAAGCCCAUCUGCUUACCGGUUCAAGACGAGAUCAGGAGUUAUGAUGUCUCUAGUAUGGCGCUGAGUUCCCUAACAUCGUCGUCAAGAGCUUACGUUACAAAAUCGAUCGGUGAGCGGUACAUCGAUUCGACCGAGUGUCAACGGCGGUGGGAUGGAUUGUCCGUGGAAAUAGCUAUAAAGAACACGACACUGUGUACUCUGCUGCCGAAAGGGCUCGGUUGUUACGAUAUAAGACCAGGCUUCGCGCUUCAUACGACACACGAUUUGGCGGGUAAAGCACGACGAUUUCUUCGCGGCAUCAAGACCGAGCAACCGGAGGGUUGUAGCGAGUACUAUCCUAUCGUCUAUACGGAUGUAGAUUUGCAUCUUGACUGGAUACUGGAGAAUAUGAACGUAACGGGAAAUGGGCAGACUUUAGAAUACGAUUUAACUGAUCAACUGAUAUUUGUAUAG